AUGUCUGAAUUCAUUAAAGAAAAAAAUCAAUUAGUUUUUGAAUGUGAGACAGGUAAUUACCACACUUUUUGUCCGAUCAGUUGUGUUUCAUGGCUUUAUCAAAAAAUAGAAGAUAGCUUUUUUUUAGUAAUUGGAACAAAAACUUGUGGUUAUUUUUUACAAAAUGCAUUAGGAGUUAUGAUUUUUGCUGAACCUCGCUAUGCAAUGGCCGAAUUAGAAGAAAGUGAUAUUUCAGCUCAACUGAAUGAUUAUAAAGAAUUAAAACGUUUGUGUCUACAAAUUAAACAAGAUAGGAAUCCUAGUGUUAUUGUAUGGAUUGGCACAUGCACUACAGAAAUUAUUAAAAUGGAUUUAGAAGGAAUGGCACCUCUUCUAGAAGUAGAAUUAGGUAUCCCUAUAGUUGUUGCUAGAGCAAAUGGACUGGAUUAUGCUUUCACUCAAGGUGAAGAUACUGUUUUAGCAGCAAUGGCACAAAAAUGUCCAGAAUAUUCAUUAGAAAAGGAUAAUAGUCCUUCUAAUUUGUCAAACACUAAAGAAAUUUCUAAUUUAGUUUUAUUCGGAUCAUUACCUAAUACUGUUGCUACUCAAUUAUCUUUAGAAUUAAAAAGACAAGGAAUUGAAAUUGCAGGUUGGUUACCAGGUCAAAAAUAUGUUGAUCUACCACAAUUAAGUAAAAAUACUUAUGUAUGUGGAAUCAAUCCUUUUUUGAGUCGUACAGCAACAACGUUGAUGAGACGUAAAAACUGUCAACUUAUUGUAGCUCCGUUUCCGAUUGGACCAGAUGGGACACGUGCAUGGGUUGAAAAAAUUUGUGAAACAUUUGGUAUAAUUGCUCAAGAUUUAGAGAAACGAGAAACAAAAAUUUGGGAAGGGCUUGAAGAUUAUUUAAAAUAUGUGCGAGGUAAAUCCGUAUUCUUUAUGGGUGAUAAUUUAUUAGAGAUUUCGUUAGCUCGUUUUUUAAUUCGUUGUGGAAUGAUUGUUUAUGAGAUUGGAAUUCCGUACAUGGAUCGUAGAUUUCAAGCAGCUGAGUUAGCUCUUUUAGAAACGACUUGUGAAAAAAUGAAGGUUCCGUUUCCUCGUAUUGUAGAAAAACCUGAUAAUUAUUAUCAAAUUCAACGUAUCCGAGAACUACAACCGGAUCUCGUGAUUACUGGUAUGGCCCAUGCCAACCCCCUAGAAGCACGUGGAAUUACGACAAAAUGGUCUGUAGAAUUUACUUUUGCUCAAAUUCACGGUUUUACAAAUAGUCGAGAAAUUUUAGAACUUGUCACUCGACCUCUACGUCGAAAUGAAAACUUAAAGUCUUUUAACAAUUUUGGAGAGAAAUUCGUUAAGGUCGACUGCUAA